AUGGUUUUUGAAGGAGUGAAUCUCAACUGUGAGACAAACAACACAGAACAUGGCACCAAAAAAAUCUCAAAGGAUCAGCUGAUUGUGAGGCGAGGCCAGCGGUUCACCGUGAAAGUUGAACUGACACAGCCGUUCAACCCCAAUCUUAACCCGCUCACCUUUACAGCAGUAACAGGAGAAAAUCCAUCUGAGGACCUGGGAACAAAGUCAUGCUUUGGUAUGCCAGACAAAAUCCAGCGUUCGCCAUCAGCAAAGGCAGUGUGGAAAGUGGAGCUAGAGAAGGGAUCCAACCCACCAACAGGCUCCUUGAAUUUGACCAUUACCUCCCCAGCUGACACUCCAAUCGGAAAGUACAACUUAACCGCCAGACAUAGGGAUGAGGAAACGUUGUUGGCAGAACUGGUUGUGCUCUUCAAUCCCUGGUGUCCUGAUGAUUCAGUGUUUAUGCGGGAUGAGACAGAGAGACAGGAGUUUGUGAUGAAUGAACGUGGUAUAAUCUACAAAGGAAGUGGGAACUACAUCACAUCUAUUAACUGGGACUUUGGGCAGUUUGAAGAGGACAUGAUGAAGAUUUGUCUGAAGAUGUUGGAUGUCAACCCCAAACACCUGGCAAAUGCAGCCAAUGAUGUUUCUGCUCGCUGUAACCCCAUCUACAUCAGCCGUGUGGUCAGCGCCAUGAUCAACAAUAAUGAUGACUGUGGUGUCCUGGAGGGACGGUGGUCAGCUCCAUUCUGGGGUGGAACUAUACCCUCUCACUGGUCUGGCAGCUAUCCCAUCCUCAAGCGUUGGUAUAACAUCGGCUGCCACCCAGUCAAAUAUGGACAGUGCUGGGUAUUUGCAGGAGUGAUGUGUUCAGUAAUGCGUCUGCUGGGCAUCCCAUGCCGUGUGGUCACCAACUACCAGUCAGCUCAUGACAGCAAUAAGAAUCUGAUCAUUGAUGUUUACCACGCUGACUAUGGAGUGAGAGAGAAAGAGACCAAGGACAGUGUCUGGAACUAUCAUGUCUGGUUAGAGUGCUGGAUGAGGCGAACUGACCUGGGAAAAGAUGGUAAAUAUGACGGCUGGCAAGUUCUGGAUCCAACGCCACAGGAGAAGAGCGAUGGUGUAUUCUGCUGCGGUCCAGCCUCAGUCAAAGCCGUCUUGAAUGGAGAAACAAAUCUAAAAUAUGAUGCCCCAUUUGUUUAUGCUAUGGUCAAUGCUGACUGCAUUGACUGGCUGUGUAAAGCUGAUGGCACAAUGGUGAAUAUUUUCUCUGACACCAAGAAAAUCGGACAGAAUAUCUCCACCAAGGCUGUUGGCUCCAACACAAGGCUGGACAUCACAGACAGCUACAAGUACAAGGAAGGGGCUAAUGAGGAGAGAACUGUAUUUAGAUAUGCCCUCACCAGAGAUUACUCCAGAGAUGAAGAGGAAAAGAACAAUAGAGGGACAAAUAAUCCAAUCCAGAAUGGAGGAACAACAAAUGAAACUGGGAAUGGAGGGACAACAAAUGAAACUGGGAAUGGAGGGACAACAAAUGAAACUGGGAAUAAUGAAACUGGGAAUGGAGGGACAACAAAUGAAACUGGGAAUGGAGGGACAACAAAUGAAACUGGGAAUGGAGGAAGGGGAGGGAACAACACAGAGGAUAAGACUACAAAUAAUACAAAUGACAGCAUCCUUCCACUUCCACAAAUAUCCAUGCGAUUUGAAGAGGUAUCCAAGCCAAUGGACGGUCAGGACGUGAGUCUGAAGCUGGUGCUGAACAGUGAGAGCACUGCCAGGCCUGUGUCCAUCAAUAUCAGCGUCCAGGCCAUGAGAUACAAUGGCUCACCGGUUGAAAACAUCCAGACUGAGACAAAGGAAGAGACACUGCAGCCUGGGAAAGAUCUGUCCAUUCCUAUCUUGGUCCCCUUCUUGGUGUACCACAAACACAUGGUAGGCUCUGACAGCAUGAAGAUUUCAGCUGUAGUCACAGAUAAGCUGGAGCCAAGAAAUGUAUACCUAGCAGUGAAUGAUGUCAUUCUGUUGAAUCCUCCUAUGUCCAUCACAGUUAAUGGUCCAGUGAGACUGAACCAAAGGACAGUUGCUGAAGUAGUUUUCAUGAACCCAAUCAACAAGAUGCUGACGGACUGCACUCUGACUAUCUCUGGAAGUGGUCUAGUGGAUGGGGAGGAAAAAUGCAUACUUCCAAAUCUGAGGCCAAGCAACAGGAUACGUAUCCAGUUGCCCUUUUUUCCCAAGAAGACCGGAAAGAAAACUCUCAUGGCUGACUUUGACUGCUCCUCCUUCAGAGACCUCAAGUGCACCUGCACUUUCGAUGUUCUACCAUAAAACCUACCAGUUUAAUUCAGGCUUAUAAUUCAUUCAUUCAUUUUUACACAACUCUGUAUAUAUAUAUAUAUAUGUAUAAAUUUUUGAGGUUGCUUUAAAAAGCAACCUUUGUGGGAUAAGAGAUAAUAGUUUUCUUUGUAUUUUUCCCUUCUUUCAUUCACUGAUUUUCAGAAGAAAAAACAAGUUUGUGCUUCUGGACAGAAAGUGCUGCAUUGAUGUUUCAUAUAAAUGCCGCAUUCACUGUCACCAUGUAUUCUGACACAAAAGCUGACACUACUACAUAUUUUAAGCUGUUACGGCCACUUUAGGUACAAACUCUCAGCUGAUGCUCAUGUGAAAAUGAAUGUUUACAUGUUAUUAAGAAUGUAGCUAAACCUGUUGUACAAACAGCAAACUGAAAAACAGACACCUGUAUUCUCACUGUGUGUUUUAUCAGACUCUGAGCUUUAUUAAUACUCUUAAAAUAUGUAUUGGUUAGUGUUCCUGCAAGCUUAUUCCUUCUCCUGAAGGAAGCUAGAAGCAAGCACAUGGCAAUCACAGCAGAACAGUAAUAUUUUCAAACGCUUGCCUGUCAGAUUUGCAUCUGCUAAAUGAACUGGAGCUCUUCAUAGUGUUUACGAAUGGUACGACACAGUAAGAUUUUCUUGUGUUUGCAUAAAUUUCUCUGGCCUGUUGAUGAGAAGGUGUUAAAGUGCCUCCCUGUGGUUGAGAAGUAAACUGGCCUAUACUCAUGUGUUUUAUUUGCACUGUAGAUUUUGUACAUUUUUAUGACUAUACAAAUAAAAUGUUUAUU